AUGCAGCUUUAUUUCUCGCCUAGCAUGAGAAGCAUCACGAUAUCAAGCAACAAUGGGUUUAUUGACUUGAUGAAGAUCAAAGUCGCAGCUUGUCACAUUUCUUAUCGAACUCUUUUUCAUACCAUACUCAUCCUUGCUUUUUUGUUGCCAUUUGUCUUCAUUCUCACUGCUCUUGUUACCCUUGAAGGUGUCAACAAGUGUUCUUCAUUGGAUUGUUUAGGUAGACGGUUAGGACCAAGGCUACUUGGCAGGACGGACAAUUCAGCGAGAUUAGUUAAAGAUUUUUACAAAAUACUGAACGAGGUGAAGACCGGGGAAAUUCCAUCUAGUUUAAAGCUGCCAAAUUCAUUUGAUCAAAUGGUUUCUGAUAUGAAGGAUAAUCAAUAUGAUGCGAAAACAUUCGCUUUAAUGUUAAAGGGAAUGAUGGAGAAAUUUGAGAAAGAAUUCAGAGAAUCAAAAUUUGCAGAGCUGAUGAAUAAACACUUUGCAGCUAGUUCUAUCCCUAAAGGGAUUAAUUGUCUCUCUUUGCGUUUAACCGAUGAAUAUUCGUCGAAUGCGCAUGCACGCAAACAAUUGCCUCCGCCAGAGUUACUACCUAUGCUCUCCGACAACUCUUACCACCAUUUUAUUUUGUCAACCGAUAACAUCUUGGCUGCUUCAGUAGUUGUUGCCUCUACCGUUCAGUCGUCUCAGAUACCUGAAAACAUAGUCUUCCAUGUCAUCACCGACAAAAAAACUUAUGCCGGUAUGCACUCGUGGUUCGCACUAAAUCCUCCCUCACCUGCUAUAAUUGAAGUCAAAGGCCUUCACCAGUUUGACUGGUUAACUAGAGAAAAUGUUCCGGUACUUGAAGCCGUAGAAAGCCAAAAUGCAAUUAGGGAUUACUAUCAUGGGAAUCAUCUCUUGGGAGCCAAUCUCAGUGAUCCCAAUCCACGUAAAUUCGCGUCAAAAUUGCAGUCGAGAAGUCCAAAGUACAUAUCUUUACUCAACCAUAUCCGUAUAUACAUACCCGAGCUUUUUCCGAACCUUGACAAGGUGGUUUUUUUGGACGACGAUGUUGUGGUUCAGCGUGAUUUGUCUCCGCUUUGGGAAAUUGAUAUGAAUGGAAAAGUUAACGGAGCUGUGGAAACUUGCAGAGGUGAAGAUGAUUGGGUAAUGUCGAAGCAUUUAAAGCACUACUUCAAUUUUUCCCAUCCCCUCAUUGCAGAGCAUUUGGAUCCUGAUGAGUGUGCUUGGGCUUACGGAAUGAAUGUAUUCGAUCUUCGUAUAUGGAGAAUGUCAAAUAUUAGAGAGACAUAUCAUUCCUGGCUGAAAGAGAAUCUGAUGUCAAACAUGACGAUGUGGAAGCUAGGAACCCUACCUCCAGCUUUGAUUGCAUUUAAAGGUCGUGUGUAUCCAAUUGACCCCUCUUGGCACAUGCUUGGUUUAGGUUAUCAGAACAACACCAAUGUCGAGGAUGUGAAAAUGGCUGCGGUUAUUCAUUACAAUGGCCAAUCAAAACCUUGGUUAGAAAUCGGGUUUGAACAUCUUAGACCAUUUUGGAGCAAGUAUGUCAAUUAUUCAAAUGAUUUUGUUAGGAACUGUAAUAUCAUGGACUCAUAG